UUCUAUCAUCAAAAACAUUUAAUUCAUAACGAUCUCACUGCGUAUAUUCAUCUCUGAUCAUAUAUUUUUUUCCAUGGCAGGUCAAAAGAUACUCUCUUUCCUAGUUAUAGCUUUAUUUGUUACUUUCGCAGCUGCGGCUCGGCUUCUUGAUGAAGAAGAUACAUUCACAGCCACAACCACCCCUGGCUUUGCCUCAACUUCUGGCUCAAGUCCUUUCCCUGCGUCUGGCGCAGCAUCUGGUGGAACUGGCUCUGGUUCUGUAGGUACCGGUUUUGGUUCAGGAACAGGAUCAAUACCAUCAAGUGGUUCAGGUGGUGCAACUGGUCUCGGUGCAGCAACAGGAACAGGCUCAUCAAGUGGUUCAGGUCCUUUGACUACUACUGGUCCUGGUCCUCUACCAGUAGCUGGCUCUGUUCCUGGUCCUUUACCAGUUGGUGGUGGUCCAGGUUCCUUGCCUGCCACUGGUCCCGGUCCUCUACCAGCUGCUGGUUCUGGUCCUUUACCAACUGGUGGUUCAUCCACCGGUCCUGGUGUAGGUGCCGGUCAAGCUCUUGGUGGUGGUGCCGGUGCCGGUCCAGCUCUUGGUGGUGGUGGUGUAGGUCCUGACAAUACAUUAGUAUUCUUUAUGCACGACAUACUCGGCGGCUCAAACCCCACGGCUAGAGCCGUAACCGGAGUGGUUGCGAACCCGGCUUUAAGUGGCCAGCUCCCAUUCGCUAAACCAAAUGGCGCAAACCUUCCUAUAACCAACGGAGUUCCAUCUAACAACAACAACAAUGGAAUAGUCAACAACAACAACGUCCCUCUUCUCGUUGGACUAGGUGGAACCACGGCUAACAUCCUCCAGAACAACGGAAAUAACGGUAACAACAACCUUUUAAACGGUCUACCAGUUGCUAACGGCGGUCAGCUCCCGAGUGGUUCUGCUCUACAGAUGCUUAUGUUCGGGACAAUGACAGUGAUCGACGAUGAACUAACUGAAGGCCACGAACUCGGGUCUGGUCUGCUCGGGAAAGCGCAGGGAUACUAUGUGGCGAGUGCGGUUGAUGGAACUAGCCAGACGAUGGCGUUUACUGCCAUGUUCGAGAGCGGCGGUUAUGAAGAUAGUAUAAGCUUCUUUGGUGUUCAUAGAACAGCGGCUUCGGAAUCGCAUUUAGGAGUCAUGGGAGGGACCGGGAAGUAUGUGAACGCGAGAGGAUUUGCGAUUGUGAAGACGUUUACAGGAUCUAGCGGGACACAACAGCAGCAGCCGCAUCAGUUCACUGAUGGACUUGAAACUGUUCUUCAGUGUACUGUCUACCUUUCUUACUAGCUUUUGUUUUCUGUUCUUUCGGGAGUUUGGUGUGGAAUGUAUGUGAUGUAUCAUUUGUAAUAUAAAUGUGAAACAGUUGUGUAAAAAAAUGUACUUGAAUUUGGGGUUUGUAUUACUACUUUUGUUCUUGUUUCUGAAAUUACAGAUUUUAUUAUAUA